GCUGGGGGCUGUUCACAGCUCAAGUGUUCAUAUAGGGCAGCGGGCUUCUCGAGGCAGUCUUGGCUUCUCAGACUCCAUGCACGGCGGGAGGGGAGUGGACGCAGAAAGUCUCGCACUUACCUGUGCACCUACCUGUGUCCAGCCAUUCGUCCUCCCUUGGGCCUGCAAGGAGCCGGUGCACACUCUUUGCCGCAGUUUAAGCAGUGCGGUCACAAGAAGGGAAGAAUCUUUUUUUCUGGCUGUCCCUUGGGAUACACGAAAAAAACCCACCUUGCACUUCUUUUGGGACGCGGUGGUAGAUAAGACCCUCGCUCGCAAGACAUCCACACAGAAGAUCGGAAGGUCGGCAAGCGACCUUCACCCGUGAGGAACAUCACCAUGCCCUCCUACAGCAUGGAGUUGUACGAUGUCGGCAACGGCAACGGCGACACGAGCUCGUCCACGGCCGGGCUGACCAAGAGCCGCAGCUCGAGCAGUGGCUUCUACGUGUCCACAUUCAAGGCCUUCAUCUUCGUCUUGCUCGCCGCCAUCGUCGCCGUCGGCGUCGGCAUCAUCGCCUUUGUGGCCCAGAAGAAGGAAGUCGCGUGCAGCUUCGCGGAGUACAGUGACCCUGGUUCGGCCCAACGACAGUGUCAAGGCUGGAUCACCCAAGGAGGACAGGUCGCCGAAAACAUUUGCAAGUCUUGCUCCCCCUCAUCUGUCACCACAUCUGCUCCAGAACAGACCACCCCUGCUCCCUCUACCACCACCACUGCAGCAACUACGACAACUGCAGCACCUGGCUACACCCGGGAUCAGUACAGACUGCCAGGGCAGGUAAUUCCGACUCAUUACAAACUGAAGUUAAAGCCAGACAUAUACGGGGCGGACCCUAGCACCUUCAGCUUUGAAGGCAGCGUCACCAUCGAGGUCCUGUGCAAGGUGGACACUGACUGGAUCUACCUGCACGCGGACCGCCUGGACAUUAAUAAUGAUGACGUGUCGGUGAAGGACAAGGCCACAGGUGAAAACAUCGUCGCACAUCCCAUGUACAACAAAGAACUCCACUUCUUUUACAUGCACUUGAUGAAAAAGCUCGUGGUUGGACAGAGGUACAUCAUCGAGUUCAAGAAGUUCUCCGGUCCGCUGACGAUGGACGGCCAAGGGCUCUACUACAGUUCCUAUCGCGAAGGUGACGAGACUGUCUACCUGGCCACGACUCAGAUGGAGGCGCCGUACGCUCGCAAGUCCUUCCCUUGUUUCGAUGAGCCCGCCCUCAAGGCCGUGUUCGACGUCACUCUCGUGCGCAGGAACAGCAACGGUCGCAAUUACGUCACGCUGUCCAACAUGCCUCUCAAUACCAGCACGGUCAAUGGGGACUGGAUAGAAGACAUUUAUCGUCCCACGCCGGUCAUGUCCACCUACUUGCUGGCCUUUAUCGUCUGUGACUACACGUAUCUAUCCAACGUUGUCAACGGAACUGAGUACAGGACAUGGGCGAGAUCAAAUGCCAUUGAAUAUGCGAAGAGAGCACAGGAACAUGGGUUGAAGAUAUUUGAGUAUUUAAACUCACAUUUUAAGCCCAGCUACGGAUCAGUCAUCCCCAAGCUAGACAACAUCGCUAUCCCGGACUUCAACGCCGGAGCCAUGGAGAACUGGGGACUCAUCACCUACAGGGAGGGCCUCUUGUACAAACCCGGGGUGGCAGGUGCCACGGACGACAGCUGGAUUGCAGAAGUCGUUGCGCACGAAAUUGCGCACAUGUGGUUUGGUGACCUAGUGUCGCCGCUGUGGUGGGACUGGCUAUGGCUCAACGAGGCCUUUGCUUCUUUCUGGGACUUCCAUACCGUGGGCGAGAUUUACCCCUCCUGGCGAACGACGGACGAAGCAGUGGCUUCUGGUCUCCACUCAGUUUUGGCGACUGACUGUCUGGCAUCCUCGCAUCCCAUGACCGCCACUGUUGGGACCAGAGCGGAAAUCAGCUCCAUUUUCGAUUCCAUCAGCUAUACAAAGGGUUCUUUUAUCGUUCGGAUGAUGCAUUUCAUCAUGGGACAAGACAAGUUUGUUGAAGGGCUCAACAUAUACCUGGCCUCGAAGAGCUUUUCUUCUGCUGAACACAAGGAUCUAUGGAAUGCACUGAAUCAGGUCGGGCUGACCAUGCAACCCGCGGUCAACAUGACCCUUAGAAUGGAUCCCUGGGUCACGCAGAUGGGCUACCCUGUUGUCACGGUAACCAAAACAAGCGCCGGAAGACUGAGACUCACUCAGCAGCGCUUUCUGCUCGGCUCUGAGAACAGCACCGACGACCGUUACAAGGAUCCUCCUUACAAAUACAAGUGGGAAAUUCCCAUUACUUACACUACUAGCAAAGAAAAUUUUUUUGCCAAAACACGAACUGACAUCACUUGGCUGACUAAGGAUGGUGAUGUGGAGAUAUCUAACUCGAUGCUAAGUCAGUCGGACUGGUACAUCGUCAACAUACAGCAGUUCGGGUACUUCAGGGUGAACUACGAGGCGCAGAACUGGCAAGCCCUCAUCAACCAACUCAACACCGACCACAAGGUCAUUCACCCGAUAAACAGAGGCCAGCUGAUCAACGAUGCCUGGAACCUUGUCAAAGCUAACCUUCUGGACAUGUCGGUGGCGCUGAAGCUGUUGGACUACCUGUCCAAGGAAACCGACUACGUGGCGUGGCAAGCGUUUGCACGUGAGAUGAAGUACGUGGAGCUGAUGCUCGACCUCACCCCGCUGUUCGGCGACUUGGAGGCAUUCAUACUGAAAACAGUGAACAGCCCGUUAAGCAGCCUGGGCCUCGUCAUCACACCCGAUCUGCCCCCCAUUGAAGUUUACGUGAGGAGUCUCAUAGCGGACUACGCGUGUUCCUAUGGCCACGACACGUGCGUCAACAUGGCGAAACAACAGUUUAGUACCUGGAUGACGAGUGGUACCAACAGCAUUGACCCCAACCUCCGGUACCGGUUCUACUGCACGGCGCUGGAGGAUGGCGGGUCUGCAGAGUGGAACUUUGUCUACAAACAGUACAAAGCCGAGGACGACGCCACCGAAAAUUCCAGACUUCGCCGUGCACUGGCAUGCACCAAAGACCCGUCUCUACUGCAAAGGCUUCUGUUAAUGACCUUAAAUUCUAGCGAGAUUCGAACUCAGGAUAUCCGCGCCACAAUUCAGGCCGUGGCCGAGAGCCGCUGGGGACGAAACCUCGCCUUUCACUUCAUUGUUCAGUACUUCACGCAGCUCAGCGGCAUGGGGUUGAGUGCUUCCAACAUGAAUCGCCUGAUCGCCUCCAUUACCGCACAUUUCAACUCCGAGUAUCACCUGACUCAGUUACAAAAUCUCUUGGAUGUGGCCGGAACUGGGUACCAGCCGGCCAUCAGCCAGGCUCGAGCACAGACCGAGACUAACCGCGACUGGCUGAAGAAACAUUACGCAGCCCUCGAGUCCUGGUUGACAUCUGAAACAACUGACGACGACAAGCCCGUGCGGGGACGAUACAGACUGCCCACGAACGUCAAACCCAUAUCCUACACGGUGACCAUCAAACCUUACAUCUACGGCAACGAUUCAUCCAAGUUUCACUUCGAGGGUUCAUGCACCAUCCUUGUGGAAUGCAAGAGCGCCACCUCUACCAUCACCUUGCACGUAGACCGUCUGAACAUCAACCGUAGUGACGUGUUCGUGACCCAUGAGAAUGGUGGAGAGAACCUGCUUGAGGAUGUCAGCUACCAGUCGGAGACUCACUUCUACCGCCUGCACUUGAAGUCUUCUCUGACACCCGGCAGUAACUACAAAGUGAGUUUCACUCACUUCACAGGACCACUGAGGACUGACGGCCAGGGCUUGUAUGUCAGCGCCUACCGCGACGAAGAAAAAACAGUGUACCUGGCCACGACUCAGAUGGAGGCUCCGUACGCCCGCAAGACGUUCCCAUGUUUUGACGAGCCCGCCCUCAAGGCCAGGUUUGAUUUCAAGCUGCUCAGGCGUAUCGACACGGGUCGCAACUACAUCACCCUCUUCAACACACCGUUGAGCAAUACAGUAAACGUUACGGAUUCUGAGGGGCACACCUGGUCUAAUGACACCUUUGAAACCACGCCCAUCAUGCCGACAUACCUGCUUGCCUUUAUUGUCUGCGAUUACCUCUACGUGGAAAACAUGACGACAGUAGGAAAGUCCAUACCGUACCGCACCUGGGCGAGACCCAACGCCAUCCAAUGGACACAGAGAGCACAGGAGUACGGACUGAGACUGUAUAACUGGUUUAACCGCAAAUUUCAACCGGACUAUGCCGAUGCCAUUGCUAAGCUGGAUCACGUGGCCGUACCUGACUUCAACUUUGGCGCCAUGGAGAACUGGGGUUUGAUCAUCUACCGGGAGGCGAUCCUGUAUCAGCCAGGCGUGACGUCAGCGUCCUACGAGUUUUGGAUGGGCGGCGUCAUCGCGCACGAGAUCGCUCACAUGUGGUUUGGUGACUACGUGUCCCCGCUGUGGUGGGACUACCUGUGGCUUAACGAAGCCUUUGCCUCGUGGUGGGACGUGUACGGCACGGACCAGGUGCUCACCGGGUGGAGAUGCUUGGACAAGUGGAUCGCCGAUGACAUAUACAGCGUCAUGGCCAGUGAUGCCUUGGCUACGUCACAUCCGAUUACGUCAGACGUCGAGAGUCCCGCAGAAAUCAAUGCAAUUUUUGAUGGCAUCACUUACAACAAGGGGGCAGCAAUCCUCAGAAUGAUACAGUUUGUCAUGGACGAAGAAAACUUCUUUGAAGCCUUGAAUAUGCAAUACCUGCAGCAAAACAAAUGGGGCAACGCGGAGCCAAGAGACCUGUGGAAAGCUCUUGACCAGCAAAUGAUUACCCAGAAUUUGAAUGUCACCGACAAGAUGGACCCGUGGAUUUCACAGAUGGGUUUCCCUGUUGUGAAGGUGACUAAGAUACCAGGGGCCGCUGGCUACCUCGUCACACAGGAGAGGUUCCUUAUUGGUUCAGAAGCAGACACAGAUCCCAGAUACAAAGAUACACCUUACAAUUACAAAUGGAGUAUUCCCAUCGUCUACACUAACAGCGUUGCAAAAAAUUUCAAUCAGUCCAAGACUAGCAUCCACUGGCUGAACAGGAACGACGCCAACAUCACGAUCGGUCACAGCGUUCCCAACGACAGUGACGCGUGGAUUCUGGUCAACGUGCAGCAGAUCGGCUACUUCCGGGUUCUGUACGACGACGACAACUGGCACGCCCUCAUCCGACAACUCAACAAGGACCUCACAGCGAUCCCACCAAUCAACAGAGGUCAGAUCAUAAACGAUGCUUGGAACUUAGCAAAGGCCGGGAAGCUGAACAUGUCCAUCGCACUGGCCACACUAGACUUCCUGCAGCAGGAGCAAGAGUACGUGCCGUGGCGUGCUUUUGCACGUGAGAUGAACUACGUGGAGCUCAUGCUGGAGCGCACAGACCUCUUCCCGGCUCUUAAGAAAUUCAUGUUAGAAACCGUCAGCCAGCCCCUGAAAACGUUGACCUUAGACAUCACUGAAGACAUGGUGCCUAUUGGCGUGUUUAUUCGCACGCUCAUCGCUGAGUACGCCUGUAAGUACGGCCACGUCAGUUGUGUCAACGAAGCCAGACGAAAGUUUCGGGAGUGGAAAAACACAGGCGUUAAUGAGAUCAACGCCAACCUCCGCCGCCAGUUCUACUGUACAGGUGUGGCUGAUGGUGACAGCAGCGACUGGGAGUUCGUCUACAAGCAGUACAAGGUCAACGACGACACCACGGAGCUCACCAACCUUCGUUACGCCAUGUCCUGCAGCAAGGAUGUCAGCCUUCUCCGCAGACUUUUAUCCAUGGUACUAGACGGCAACGAGAUCCGACCCCAGGACGUGUCGACCACCAUCCAGUGGGUGGCUGGCAACGCGCUCGGUCGCGACCCUGCUUACCAGUUCCUCAUCAACAAUUUUGAAGCCGUCAAGGAUAAGCUGGAAGUUUUGCACUUGGGAGGGACACUUCUUUCAGUGACCUCUCACUUCAACACGGAGUUUGAUCUGCAACAGUUGACCCAGUUCGCGGCGACCCCAGCGUCCUCGGUCAUCCGAACUUUCGUGGACGAGGCCAUGGCAAAGACGCGCACCAACAUCGAGUGGCUGCAGAAGAACUAUGACGUCAUCGCGGCUUGGCUCAACAACAGGGGCGCCACCGAGCCCCCGCCUCCACCUGGAAGUUACAGAUUGCCUGGAGAUUUGAUGCCCAUACACUACACUCUCCGACUGCAGCCAGACAUCUACGGCACCGUUCCUUCAAGGUUUACAUUCAACGGAAGUGUGUCUAUCGACUUUACCUGUGUUAAGGACACCUACAGCAUUACUCUUCAUCAAGACCGCCUGGAGAUAAACUCCAGCCUCAUCAGUGUCAAGGACGAAACUGGAGCCGAGUUGGAGAUCUCUGGCUUCGAGAACCUGGAACAGUUUCACUUCUACCGCAUUCACUUGAAACAAAGUCUCAGAGCGGGGAAGAAUUACAAUGUUGACAUCCCACAAUUCACAGGGAGGAUUCGCAGCAAUGGGGAGGGUCUGUACUGGUCAUCGUACGUGGAUGGCGGUCAAAGAAUCUACCUGGCCACAACUCAGAUGGAAGCCACCUACGCUCGCCAGGUGUUCCCCUGCUUUGACGAGCCUGCGAUGAAGGCAACGUUCAGCACGACAUUGGUCAGACGGAGAAACACAGGUCGCGACUACAUCACCUUGUCCAACAUGCCACUGUUUAACAGCACUGAUAUUGAAGGGAACUGGACUGAGGACCGCUAUGAGCGGACAAUGGUGAUGCCUACAUACCUGCUGGCGUUUAUUGUGUGUGACUACAAGUCCUUGUCUGCAAUCGCAGACAGUGGAGUAAAUUCAAGCACCUACGCCAGACCCAACCGUCUUCAGGAUGCUCAAAUGCCCCAGAAAUACGGAGUGGAGAUAUUCAACUGGUACAACACACACUUUAAACCGAACUAUACAACUUACUUAAACAAAGUUGACCACAUUGCCAUCCCUGACUUUAAUGCGGGGGCCAUGGAGAACUGGGGGCUCAUCACAUACAGAGAGGCACUCUUGUACAACGACAUGUCCACAGCCAGUGAUCUCUCUUGGGUAGCAGAGGUUAUCUCCCACGAGCUGGCGCAUAUGUGGUUCGGCAACAAGGUUUCCCCUCAAUGGUGGGACUGGCUCUGGCUCAACGAGGCCUUUGCAUCCUACUGGGAGUACUACGCCGUGUGGAAGAAGUACCCUAACUGGAAGAACAACGAGGUGGAGCUGACGGCCUCUGUGUUCAAUGCCAUGCAGAUAGACAGCUACUCGACCUCUCACCCACUCACGAACCCUGUAGAGACCCCGGAUGAGAUCGACCGACAGUUCAGCACCAUCACCUACACCAAGGGCGGAGCUAUUAUUUCAAUGAUGCACUUCAUCAUGGGAGACCACUUUAUUCCAGCUUUAAAUGAGUACCUGCAGGACAAUCAACAGGGAUCAGCAAAUCACACAACAUUGCUUAGCACCCUGGACGCGUAUUUAAAAAGUCAAGGCAGUGACAUCAAUAUGACUUUGAGAAUGGAGCCGUGGAUCAAACAAAUGGGAUACCCAGUGGUCACCGUCACUCGUAAAGGGAAUGAACUGGAACUGAAGCAGGAACGGUUCCUUCUUGGAACCUCCCCGUCCUCGGAUGUUGGAGAGUUCGGGUACAAGUACGAAGUUCCUAUCAGCUACACGACUAACAUCGAGCGAAAUUUCAGCAAAUCGUUCAACAAUACUUGGCUAACGAAAGACAAUGACCUGACUUUAACCAUUCCUGACCAGUGGGACUGGGUCAUUGUGAACUUGCAGCACAAAGGUUACUUCCGGGUCAACUAUGAUACAGAUAACUGGAAGGCCCUCAUCCAGCAGCUCAACAAGGACCACACGGCCAUCGACGAGAUGAACAGAGCAACAAUCAUAGACGACGCUUUCAACCUCGUGAAGGCCGGACACCUGGACCUGAACAUCGCUCUGCAGACGAUCGACUACCUGUCCAAGGAGACGGCCUACGGGCCCUGGAGGACAUUCGCACGGGAGACUACUCAGCUAGACAUGCUGAUUGAGCGAACAGAGCUCUUCCCUGCCUUCCAGCGCUUUAUGCAAAACAUCGUGGACAUCCCGCUGAAAACAGUCGGCCUUGACAUGUCUGUUGGAAAUGACCCACCUAUAGAAAUGUAUACACGCACCUGGAUCGUCAGAGACGCUUGCUAUUACGAACACUCAACCUGUGUAAAAACAGCCACCCAGGCAGUCUCCGACUGGAUGACAACUCUCCGUAACGGCAUCAACGUGAACCUGCGGUCCGACAUGUACUGCACAGCCGUGAGGGACGGCAGCCAUGAUGUGUGGGACUUCAUCUUCAAGAUGUACCAGAAGGAGACCCACAGCGCGGAACGCACCCGCCUACGCAACUCACUGGGCUGCUCUAAGGAUCCUUCCAUCCUGAGACGAUUCCUAGAGAUGUGCCUCUAUGACUCCAGUAUUCCCAUGGCAGAGACGUCAGCGUGUGUGUCGGCUGUGGCCGGAAACAGAUUCGGCCGUGACGUGGCAGUCAACUUCGUCAUGGAGAAGUUCCCGGAUAUUAAAAGCCAAUUCUCCGCCAGUGCCCUUGGCUCUAUGGUUCGGACUGUGACUCAACAUUUCCACACCAAUUACCACUUAGCGCUGAUCCAAUUUUUGCGAGAUACAUACGAUGUGUCUGGCAUCACAACACAGCUGCAGUCGGCUGAGCAGGCGACAUUGACCAACAUGAGAUUUCUUCAGAAUAAUCUCCAGACUAUCAAGGAAUGGCUGGAUUCCAAAGCCCCGUCCACUCGCCUCGACUACAGGCUUCCAACCUCCAUCAUUCCUCGUCACUACAACCUGCGACUACAGCCUGAAAUCUAUGGAGACGACCCCAGCAGCUUCACCUUCAACGGCUCUGUCAGCAUCGACAUCGAGUGCGUCAACGCCACCAGCAGCAUCACCCUGCACGCCUACCGCCUGGACGUGGACCGCAUCAGCAGCUCAGCCAGACUCGCGGACAGCAGUGGAGCGGACAUGACGUCAUGGAUCAAGGAAGUAACGUAUGACGAGCCCCGCCAUUUCCUGACGUUCCAUCUAACCGGUGGAUUGACUACCGGGGGGAGAUACAUUUUAUCCAUGGAGUUUUCUGGCCGUCUUCUAGGCGAUGGUGUGGGUCUGUACUACGCUUCCUACACCGACAAACGGCCAGACUGUGUACAUGGCGACUACCAAGUUCGAGGCCCCCUAUGCACGUCGAGCCUUCCCGUGUUUUGACGAGCCGGCCCUUAAGGCCACCUUCAACACAACACUCGUGCGACGUGACCAGUACAACGGCAGGACGUACAACUCCAGGUCAAACAACGAGCAGAUUGGACAGUGUACCAGUAUCGAAUGGCUAUGUCGCCGAUAUCUUCAGAACAACAUUAAAUACAUCUACAUACCUCCUGGCCUUUAUCGUAUCCGACUUUAGAUGCCUUCAAGACACUACAAAGCAUGGCCUUACUUACAGAACAUGCGCGCGUCCUAAUGCUUACCUGGAGGGGCAGCUUGCUCAGCAAUGGGGCGUACAUGAAAUGGAAUGGUUGGAGGAUAAGUUCGACCCCUCUUACGCCAUGCCUAA